GUUAUCACUUGAGAACGCCAGUGCAACGCCAUGACCGGGUAGUCAAUUGCCAUCCAAUCCGUCUCAUUCCUGGAUCCUGAUUGCAGGACUUUACCCAGCUAUCGCCGAAGGCAUUGGUAAUCAACGAUAAGAGCGGAGCCAGCUCAGCGCCUGAAAUAGCUCCUGGAUCUACAUUCUAGCGUCCGGCCCUUGCUUCCAUUCCGCAUUUUUUUGUCGAGGGAGAACCAACCAGUUCCGCCUUUUAUCGGGGACAAACCGCAAAUGCUGACCGAGUCCGACUCGACUUCGAGCACUGUCAUGAUCAACCGUGCCUUUCGACUUUAUAGCGUCGACAAUGGAUACCCAAGCCCCUCUGUGCGGAGGCGUCGAUGCCGACGCGGAAUUGCGCGCCAGGUCGCUCUCUCGCCAUGAUUCAGCCGACGGCACCAAAAACGCGGUGCAAUCGCGCAUCCACGAGCAAACACCCCUACUGGCACCGACAGAUUCCAUCCUACGCGGGGAAGGCUCGAGUUUCCCGAACAGUGGCGGUGGCUUUUGGAGCCGAUGGCGCCAGCCCAGCAUCAUGUGGUUGAUGCCGUUCCUUCUCCUAUUUAUGCUUGCGUUCGGCGGCAUAGUGGUUCCUAGAAUCAACUUGACAGUCGCCCUAGUCUGCCGAGAUUACUUGAACGACAGAGCGGCUCAAGAUCCUAACUUCACGUUUUUGCCGGUGGUCUUUGGGGACCAAAAUCCCCAGUGCCAAAUACCAGAGGUUCAAUCGCAAGUUGCGCAGCUCCAACUUUACCUCAAUUUGACUUCCGCCAUCUUGUCGGCCCUAGUCAGUCCUCAUCUUGGACACAUCUCAGACCGUCAUGGGAGAACGCGCAUCAUGGCCGUGACAGCUCUAGGGAUGAUACUAGCAGAACUAGUCGUCGUUAUCAUUGCAGCCAACACGGAAACCAUCCCCAUCAACGUUCUGUUCCUGUUUGCGUUGUUCGACGGGCUCGGGGGCUCUUUUACUAGCAUGAAUGCCCUGACCUCCUCCUACGUUUCCGACUGCACUGUCCCGCAGAAGCGCAGUGUGGCAUUUGGGUACAUCCACGGCUGUAUUUUCAUCGGCACCGCAACCGGUCCUCUUCUUGUGGCCUUCAUCCUGAAAAUGGCGGGAAGCAUCUUCUUCGUCUUUUGCUUUAUGCUGACUCUACAUGUGCUUUUUCUCUUGGCCGUGUUGCUCGUAAUCCCGGAGUCACUGUCCGAGGAGCGACAGCAAUCCGCCCGCGAAAAGUAUCGGAUGAAACUUGCCGGCAAAGACGCUGUCGGCUGGCUUUCUCUCCAGCGGUGGAACCCCAAAAACAUCUUCACUCCCCUAUCGAUUCUAUUCCCACCUGUUGGACGGGCCAGCUCGCUGUUUCCUAAUCGUCGAGGCGCGAGUCCGGCAUUACGCAGAAACAUCGUUCUCCUCGCCGGCAUUGACACCGUUGGAUUUGGCGUGACCCUGGGGGUCUCUCAGAUCUUCAUCAUUUAUGCCGGAUACAUGUUCAACUGGGGCAAUGUCGAGUCCAGUUUCUUCAUCUUCGUCGUCAGCGCCUGUCGGGUCAUCACUUUGUUCGCCGUCUUCCCCGCCGUGAGCUGGCUCUUCCCCGGCAAACCCAGGCCGGAGGGCACUAUCUCGGGCUCCAGUACGCUUGAGAUAAACCUGAUCCGCAUUUCGCUGUUUAUAGACAUGCUCGGAUUUUGCGGGUUUGCCUUGGCCCAGAACGGAUCGGUCAUGACUCUCUUUGGAGCCUUCUCGGCGCUCGGAGGGAUGGGCAUUCCCACGCUGCAGUCAUCCAUUACUCACCAUGUGCCUCGGGAACGGAUCGGGCAGAUCCUCGGGGCCAAAGGCCUCCUGCAUGCGCUCUCUCGAGUCAUCGCCCCCACCAUCUUCAACCUCAUCUACAGCCUCACCGUUGGUAAACGUUUCACUGUCAUGAAAUCUAAGUCUACCACACACGGCACCCCGGCCGUUCCCUCUCGAAAUGCCCUGCGUGUCCUUCGCAGGUUGGCCCUCGCCGGCUCGACCGUCGGUAGCUUCUGUACCGUCGCGGCCAUCACUUACGACGUCCAUCGCCGAGUCCGAGUCGCCGAGCGAAUCGUCGAGAACAAACGGGCCCUACAAACCUCCGCACCCAACUACGAUGCGACUUCAGCGGCGAACAGGCUGGCCCGGAUGAUGGAGGCGGCCGAGGCGGGGGAAUUCAAUGGAAUGGAUACUUUCAAGGAGGAGGAGCAUCGGCAAUUGCAACAGACGGGUGCUUCGCAUACUGAACAUACGCCGGACACGCUCGGUGAAGGGCUGUCGGCAAGUGCCAGGUUAGAAUCCACGGAGGAGCAGACGCGAGCAGAGGCCUUCUUGGAAGCUGCACGUUCAGGCUUGAGGGGCCCAGCUCAUCCGGGUUUGAACCCGGUCACUCUCCAUGGACGGACGGACCCCUUACGAAUCCCGAGAACCAUCGAUCAACCCAGGUUUGCCGCAGCCACUACCGGCGUUGAUUUCCCCCGGGGAAGCCACGAACCCUCGGAGAACAACUCUGUCACGGAACAAAUGAAAGACUUUCUCGACCGAGGCAGGCCCAUUGAUGCAGCGCAAGUCUUUUUAGAUGCACAGUCUGCGUCGCUGAAAGGCAUAUCUUCGGACAGGAGGGAGCUCGCUGUGCAGGCGUUCUACGUCAACUGUAAAGAACACAACGUGUUCGUUGCCAGGAGCGUUUUCGAGCGUCUGGAAGAGGUGGAUAAGAUCUCCCCGGCCAUGUGGAAGGUCUUGAUGUUUGCAUUGGCAAAGAAAGGCUGUAUUGAGUCGGUCGCUACUAUCUACACCCGCUACAUGCAUAAAUUCCAGGUCUCGCCAGAUAUGGUGGAUGUUGUGCUCCGCUGCCUGCUUGAAUCGCACCGACUUACUACGGCAAAGUGGUUCCUUCUGCGGAAUCUUCAGGUGGAUCGAGAUUGCGGCCUGUGUGGCGCCUAUCUGUCGGGGCUCUGGAAGAAAACGAGGAGUAUUGAACUGCUCAAUGGCCAAUUGAAGAAAAUCUUGACGAUGCUCCCGCGUCUGGAGAAGUCCCCCAGCGACAAGCUUUUCAACCCGGUGGUCAAGGCCUAUAUCGAAUUCGGUAGACUUGCGGAUGCCGAAGCCUUGGUGCAUGACAUGAAGACGAUCUAUGGCCUCCCGCUUCGCUGCCGCACCAAGGGCCUGCUGGUGUACGGCAAGGCCCUGGCAUGCGACUGGGAGGGAGUGGAAGCGGGCCUCCAAGAGAUGCAUGAUCUCAAGCUGACCUCGCGGCGGCGGGAUUUUACCCCCAUCUUCGACCGCAUCUUCCUCGAGUACUGGGUGUCCCAUCGAGGACCCCAGAUCCGUGAUUUUGUCUUCCGCUAUAUCGACAAGUUCGACAUCGUUCCCGAUCGAGUGUUGUACAAACACAUUCUCGAGGCGUUCGUCGAAAAGGGCGAUAAGAGCAUGAUCGCCGAGUUUACCGGGAUGGCUCGCGAGCGGUCUUGGAAGGUUCCCAUCAACGACCAGCAAUUCAUGGAGAUACUGCGGUCCCGUCGUCUGGCCCUCGAAGGAGCGCCCGUGGGCUUCUGGCAAAUGCUCCAGGCAGCUCGGGUGAAAUACGGACAGGCCGCCACGUCCCAGCAUAUCCUUGGUUAUGACCAGCGUUCAUUCCCCAUGUCGGAGGCCAACCACAUGCCUCACACCCAGGAACCGCUGGCGUGGUAUAACCGCACACUUCAGGCGGUGACUCCGUCGCGACCCGUCGAUCAGUACCAGAAGCUCCACAAGCAAAUGGCACAUUACAUGCACGUCGGCAAGAUGACCGACGCCCUGAAGUGCUUCGACAAUGCUAAGAAUGCCAAAUUCCAGGUCAAGCAGCUUCAUGUCGAGCUGGCCGCGGUGGCCACGCUGCUUGAACACGGUCUCAGUGCCGCCCGCGCGCUGGUCGAGGCGGAGUGGCGGAAUAUCCAGCACUUGGUGCGCUUCAUGCCGAUCUUUUUCCGUCAGAUCAUGCAGAUUGACCCGCCCUCCGAGGGCGAGAUCGUCCAGCUGGCGGUCCUUCGGUUCUACGAACUCUGCUGGUCCAACAAGAAGAUGACCGUCAAGCAUCACAUCACGACAGCCACCUGCAGGCGCCUGAUCGCGUCCGGUAGGCCGGAGUGGGCCUUAGAUCUAUUGGCCUCGGUGUAUCAGUCUCGUUACCGACGCUCCACCCCCUUUGACGGGGUUUGCAUGAAGAUGUUUGUGCGGGCGUUUGCGGCGGUGGACAACAUCCCCGGGAUUCGAUGGUGCAUUCUGACCGGUCUUGCCCGGGGGGGUGCCGUCAACCGGGACUUCGUGGUCGAGGUCCGUCGGAUCAUAGGCACCCUGGAGCGCGAUUUCAAGCCCGGGUCCCUUUCCGCGAGGGAGGCAACCAGAAAGGACGAGCAGCUUGCAUAUCUGGGUCGCAUAGCUGACUUGCUGGAGCAGAAAUCGGAGGGGGAUCCCACGGCGUGGGAGAUGAAAUCGCUGCCGGCCACCAAACGGGCAUAUCGUCGGCGAUUGAAGCGACCUCUAGACCCCCGGCGUCUAUACAAGGAGAGUGACAUCCGAGAGACCAUCGAAGCCUGGGACGAGGAAUACGAGUUGGAAGCAGCGCUGGGUCGGAUCGAAUCGAAUCCCAAGACCGUUGUGACCCGAUGCACUGAGGCGCAGUAUUUAGCGGGACAGGCUCCAGGGCCAAAUGAUGAGUGAGAGAGGGACGUCGGUUUUAUUCUUAAUUUUUCCUCUUUUUAUUUUUUUUCUAUUGUGUCUUCUGUUUGGUUUCCCUGUAUAGUAGCAGCAGUCAAUCUAGUGUACGUGUAUAUAGAGAGAGCGCCUCCUCCCCCCGGGUUCUGUAUAGUUAGCGAAGGGAGUCCCAUGAAACACUCAG